AUGGGGCCAGCGGACUCACCUUAUGCCGGCGGUGUCUUCUUCAUCAACAUCCACUUUCCGCCAGACUACCCCUUCAAGCCCCCAAAGGUGGCGUUCCAGACCAAGGUGUACCACCCCAAUGUCAACAGCCAGGGAUCCAUCUGCCUUGACAUUCUCAAGGACCAGUGGAGCCCCGCACUCACCAUAUCAAAGGUGCUGCUGUCCAUCAGCUCACUGCUGACUGACGCCAACCCCGACGACCCCCUGGUGCCGGAGAUCGCCCACAUCUUCAAGAGCGAUCGUCAAAGAUAUGAGGAGACGGCCCGUGAAUGGACUCGCAAGUACGCCAUGAUGUGA